ACCAAAUUUCAUGAGAUCGUUUCCCGUGCUUUUUUAAAACUACCAUAACCGUUUAAUCUUUUGAAUAGCUUGUUUGUAAGCUUACAAUUAAGUAACACUCUUGACAGUUUUGUAUGUAAGUAUGCUAUUAUUAAAGCUGAGUACUUAUUUUAAAUUUAAGGAUGCAUAUUUUGCAUUCCGCAGAAGCACAAUGUGGCUCAGACUGUUUUGCAAUAGCCUCAUCAUUUGGUGAUUUACAGCCUGCAAAAAAAAUCAUGGUUAUCGGAAAUUUGUUUGAAAGAAAUUUCGUCGAAGGAAAUUUGAUCGACGGAAAUUUCAUCGAACGGAAAUUUGGUCGAAUCGUUUUUUCAGUUCAGUUUUGGCACAGAUAUCUUUUUGAACGCAUUAUUUUGGGCUAAUUUGGAGAGAUAGCACCAAUGUUCCCCCUAAGUUUUGCUGGUUCAAUGUUCAUGUCUGCAAUGAUUUAAUCCUCAUAAGCAUGUGAAUGUCUAAAUGCAAGUAUUCCAGCCUAUGCCUGUCUUUUAUUUUUAUUUUAUUCAUUAGGGAUUAGGCUGAAUCCACAUUCACAAUCGGCACUUGAUGCAAGAAAUGUAGCCAGCACAAAUAUCCAAAAUAAUGGCACCGUAUUGUUACUAAUUUAUUACAAAUCGAACCAUCAUGUCGAAAGUCUGCAUCAUCAACCCACAUUUAAUUUUUUUUUUUUUGCUAGCACAAAACUUAAGUAACGUUACUGAUCAUUAACUUUCGGCAGAAUGUCAUUGUAGUUUUCCAGUUUUCCACAUAUCUAGAAGCCAGUGAAGCAAGUUGUCUUGACUAAAUUUAAAAUAUGAAGUGUCGAUUAACGAUGAUAUCUCAAAGAUUCGCCAUUACUUCAACUCACUUUCAGGGAAACAAGAUUCCAUGAGCAAACAUAAACAUUCAAUGAAAUUAGGAUGGAACUCAUGCUUGUAUUCUUGUCAUUCGCAAGCAAUUCAGCAACCUCUUCAGACCAGUGCACAUAUUCACCAAGGUACUGGGCACGGAGCUUAGCGAACCUUGCUAUUACAAACUGAUAGGCUUUAAUGGCUUUUUCUUUGUAGCAACAUGCAUAAUUCAGCAAGUUCACCAACAUUUUCAUCAAAGAAGAUCAGUGCAGUUCGAAACUGCGGAUCCUUUAGUUUCUUCAAACAGUACUAAUCAUCUUAUGAACUGGAUAAUUAUACAGGUCCCCCCCCCCCUGAUCCUCACAGUAUUCAGUCAACACUUGUAUGUUUCUUAGCAAUGCUCGUAAAGCAAAGUGCAGUGAAAGUCAUCUGAUUUCAAUUAAUCAUAUUACAACACUUUAGCUAUUUCGGUAAACAGGGCUUUCCGUACUUUCCACCUACUGAACAAUGUGUACACUGUCCUAAGAAAUGUUUCAAUGUCUGCCAUUAAAUUAUGAAAAAGCCAAUGUUGUUCUAGUAGAUGUGGAAUACUUCAGCGAAUAAUUGCUGCAAAUCCAUUGUUCUUGUCUAGCAUAACCGAUGCACCAAUCAGAGGUAAACAUAACCAUUUUAUGCAAGUCCAGUGAAUUCUCUUGACAAAACUCUGUUUUUUCUGAUUCCACAAGUUUUUGUCACAUACCGACAGAGACAAAAUUCCAACAAAGACUUUCUUGUAAACAUUACCGGGAUAUGGCCGUAACUUUUCGUUUAAGAUCAACAUAUUUGUCAGCGACAUAUCAGUGCUCUCAUCUACUGUUAAUGUGUGGAACUUUGCAUUGCGAAAUUCACUAAUUAUAGCAUCCUUUACUCCAGAUUGAUAGACUGAACAAAGACAAAAGCGUAAUUCUUACUGCGCCAAAUAUCAGGGACUGGGGCAUACUUAGCCAAAAGGUUGUGUAUGUAUUGAACUGCAUUCAUAGACGUAUUCAUGUUAAUAGCCAAGAGGAUGUUUUCAAUCAAAAUUUUAACCUGUUCUUCUUUAGCACUUUUUCGUUGUGCUGCUUCUUGUCUCAUUCCUCGAUCAGCGACACUUUCUGCAAGUAUUCUCAGUACACCUCCUGACUGUCUAGAAUGAAGUCUCUGUACCGCAUCUGUUUUUUUUUUAAAGUUCGUUUAAGAUAACCCAACUUCCAAGCCUCCCACCUUUUCACUGUGGAGAAAUCACUGUCUGCAUUAUCUUUGAAGCCCAUUUCACAGUCAAAAUCAUCAUCAAUUUCACAAUAUUUAAAAAUAUCACCCAGCUUGACAGUCUGCUCUGACAAUGAAUCUGAUAGUGCUGCAUGCACAUAUUUAUUGAGCCAUUCCGUUUUUAAAUUUGAUCUACACUUUUUCUUAGCAAUCGAUAAUGCUGACAGUUCCCUAAACUGACAUUUAGACAUAACGGUUAAACAUUAUUAAACAUAAUUUAUGAUAAACUAGAAUUAUGCGAUUUAUUUAAUUUAUACACAUACAUGUGCAGUAUGCUCCACAAAAUUUACACAAAUUGCGGGGGUGACUCAGAUCGAGGCUAGCUUGAUCCGAUAUGUAUCAGUUUGUAAAUCAUUAUUUCUAUGUAAAAUGUAGAAGACAAAUAGACAAAAAUGUAGAACUGAAUCAAAUUAAAAACAUGGAUGUAUAUGUUAUAAAAUGAUAUAAUUCCGGCUGUGGGGUGCAGCGAAUCAGUUCAAAUUUAUUUUUAUAAAAAUCAGCUGUGCGGAUACUCAAAAUUCCAGCUCAGCAUCUGUGAGAUAGCUGCGCGGCCACGCAGCUUAAAGGGAUAGCACAAAAUAUCACUAUUCUAAGUUUUUUAUUGACAUUGUUGCUUAUUUAUCCUAAGCCUCUUAGUUCCUCUUUAAGCUGUAGUAUAUCUAUUGAUUUAACUUAUAUCAUUUUAAAAAAAUUCCUUACACUUUGCACCAGAUAUAUACAACCUGGUACUAAAACUUGUUAAAGUAAAAGUGAUAACAAUUUUUUGAAACAUAAUAACAAUAAGCUAACCUAUUGGAAAAAAUACUAAUCUCAAAAUAAAAGCCAAGUGGUUAAAUAUUAUUAAUAUAUUUCAUUUAUUUGUAUUUCUAUUCUUAAUUUUAUUAAUUUAUUAUUAAUCAGGUAGAAUAAAUGCUUAACUGUUUUUUUUAAAAAUGUGUUUUAGGCUAUCACCCCAGGAGCUUUCUGGUCUCUCAACCAAACAGUAUGACGGAUCGGGCCAAGCGCAAGUCAGAUGCGAAAAUACAUAUCAGGUCUCUUCUUCAGUCAGCACCUUUAGGAUUAACUUUGGCAGAGCUCAGGAGAGACUAUGUUGAUUACAUAGGCACACGUCUACCAAGCAGAGACUUAGGAUACAAUAAUGAUGAAGAAUUCCUAUAUGAUAUUCCAGACACAGUGCAAGUAAUGUUAAAUAUCUUUUUUUUUUUUUUUUGUAAUGAUGAUAUCAUGUAAAAGAUUAACUUGGUGUUUUUUCCAAGUAAUAAAAAUAUGUGACAAGAAGUCUUAAUGAUCAUAAGCAAAACAGUUUUUUGUUCUUUUUUUUUUUUCAGUUGUUUAAAACAAAAAAAUAUUUAUUGUGACAGACUUCUAAUGUAAAAAGUUAUUUCAUCUCAGUCUUAUUACAGGCCUGAGCCAUAUCUAUAUGAGCUUUGUUUUUUUUUAAAUCUUAUAAUUUUCUUCUCAGAUAUCACACAAUGGGGAUAUUAUGGUUCUGACUGCUGUUACAAAUGCUGCCACGGAAAAAAUACAUCGACUGGUUUCCAGACAGAAGGUUGACACAAAAAAAAAAUGGGGGGUGCUGGGAAGGCAAAGGUCAAAAUUUCAGGCACCGAGGGGCGUUGGCCAAAGAAGAAAGUGGGACACCUUUGGUGGCAACGGGAGAGCUGACUUUGUUGAUCUAAGCAGGCCACUAAUGUUUGACGUAAGACAAGCCAAACACAGGGUUCUUCCAUCGGUUCCGUCCUAUAUACGCAAAAAAAUAUUUGAACUUGUGAAGGAUGAACCAGGUGGUCUACCGCUGACACACUUUGGGAUUAUAUUUCGAAAGCAUUUUGGUGUUCCCUUUGAUCCAGUCGCAAUGGGAUUUUCAACAGACUAUGACCUACUCGCUAGUUUAGGCGAUAUUGUAACCUUAAAAAAGUUUGGAGAAGAAAUAAGGGUGAUAGAAGCUGGACUGGGGCUAUUUAGCCACCAUCGACAACAAAUGCAUACACAUGAUGAUACUCGAUAUGCAAGGUACAAUGGUCCAGUUGAUCAAAGUAAGGCCCAAGAAAAGCCACCCUCGAAAAAUCUACUGGAAAAAUCUGGUUUGUUUUGUUUAUACUUCGUAGGCCGUAUUUCAUAAAUAGAGUUUGAAAUAUUUUUUUAAAAUAAUGCUGUUGUUGGUAUCAAUUUAUUUUUUCUUUUAAAAGUUACUUGUCCUAAUUAUUACUAUUUUUUAACUGUCUCCAAUGUAAUAAGUCAUUUACUACUAAGUAUUGUUUUAUUCUUUAUCUUCUAAAUUGACUAACAUAUUAAAUUAGUUCUACUGUUUCAUUUAGCGAAAGAAACGAAAAGCCAAUGCAUUGAAGAAAUAAAGAAAGCCAAAAGCAAGAAGUCUGUAACAUAUGAAGACAAUCAACAAUCUAAACUCAUAGGAAUGGACCUAAAUUGCAACAUUCCAGAAUUUGUUCAAGAAAAUAUUAAACAGGUAGGUCUUGUCAGAGAAAGAAAAUUAAAAUAUAGUUUCCUUUUUUUUCCCCUCCCCAAUAGUAUAAGAUGAAGCUAUGAACUCAAGGCUGUGGUCUGUGGAACAACUAACUUUAUUCUAAAUUCUUUUUAUACCCUUGCAUCACAUGACUAUCCACUCCAGUUAUUCAACCAAUAUUAACACAUUUAAGUUUAAACAUUCAUGAAAACAACUGACCACAUCCAGUCCAGCAGCAUGAUAACAACAAAGGACAAUCAUGUCACCAAGUUAAGGCAAUACACACCACAACAAUACUGGUCAGUCAAACAGUUACUCAUACCGUCACAGAUUUAGUUUAGGAUAAUAUUUUAAGAUGCAAAAAAAGUAACCAAUAGUAACAUAUUUACCUGUAAAUUUGAAAGUAAUAUGAUGUUUUUAACUUGCCUCAUGAAUUUUAUGAAAUUAUUUCUAAAAACAGGUCAUGGAUAAAAGACCAAAGGGUAAUUUGUGAAAGUCGUGUACCCUUUGAAUACAAGGUACUAUUUAAAUAAUGACGAAUUUAAUGAAUUUAUUUCUAAAAACAGAUCAUGGCUAAAAGACCAAAGGGAAUUUGUGCAAGUCGUCUACCCUUUGAAUACAAGGUACUUUUUAAAUAAUGAAUUUUUUUUAUCUAAAAACGAGUAUUAAUGAUGAAUCAAGUAAACAAAUUUUAGUCACUCACACAUAAAUCAUUUUUCAAAAAAAUUAAGAAGAUAAAUUAUCAAUAAGUGUUAAUGUUUAUACUUUUCUAUGGUUUUAGUUUAUUUACCAUCAGUUCUCAUAUUUUAGCAUAUUGACCUCUAUGGAUUAUUAAAAACUAGCAUUAAGUGUGAUAAAAUAUACUUAAAAUUCCAUUUUUAAUUUUUUUUUUUCUUAAAGUUAAUAUUUCUUCAGUGGUAGUCACAUCUAUUUUUUAUAACCUGGAAUAUAUGAGACUUUACAGAUGGCUUCGUUUACACUUUGGAUUAACCCUUUUUGAAUGAACACAAUGCUUCACUUGUAUUAAAUAAUACACCAAACGUCACAUGUUGAUCUCAAUAUAUGUUUGUUAUUCCCUUGGUUUUGUACAUUAAUGGAUCAACAGUGGCACUACAGCCCAUACAGGGCUCUCCUCCUCAAUAUUGUCAAUCCAUCUCAUUCGUUGUCGACCAAUGUGAUCUGUGCCCCUUGGCUUCUGGUAAUGCACUACCAUAGUUCCUCUGUUGUCUGUGUUUCACCCCACCCUAUCUUCCUUUUUUUUAUAUUCAAAUACUAUGGUUAGAGUAUCAUAAAAUUGAUGUAGUUAUUGGUUGGUGGUCCUUUGCCUAUCAUCCUUGUUAAACAUAUUGUUCUCAGAACUUUCCCUUCCCGGUCAUUAAGGUGUUUUUCAGCUACGGUCCAUGUCAGACUUUAAUAUGUAACCACUGGUCAUAUCAUAAAGGCGUAUAUUAUUUUAUUUAUAUUUUGUUAGAAGGUUUGACUCUUAAUAUUUUUGAAAGCAAAAUUAUGUAAAAUAGUGUGCUGCUAUCCUCAUCUAAAUGUUCGUAAUUGGUUUAUUUUGGGACUGAGCUGGACACUGACCCGGAUACUGAAUAUUAGCACACCCAGCUCAUGGAUAUGAUUUUUAUUAUUUGUUGAGUUUUUUUUUUUUGUCAUUUAUUUUGUUUUUUCCUGCUAAACUUAAAAGCUGGCAGCUUCCAGGCAAGACUAACCAUGUGUGUCAUUUAAUAUUGAAAAAUCGAGGGGUUGACUUACAGAGCUGCUUCUACAGAAUCAUCCACCCUUCUUAGCCAUUAUAUCUGCUUCUACACCUGAUCAAAAUUAACGCCUUGUUAUCUACAAAAAGAGUGCUUCUCCUUCUCAACACCUUUUUCCCACUGUCAAGGUAUAAUUAUGGUUGUGUGUUGCUAUAAAUUGGCCGAACUAUGAUGCCUUCGUGAUCACAGCUGGUUCUGUACAUUUGAAUUCUCCCCAUCGGGUGGCAAAUAUAGAAAAUGAGAAGAUAACUCUUUUUAAUAACUCCCUGACUUGGACCCACAGUGAAUUGUCACGAAAUACCCAGUCUGGGUGUAAAUAACUGCAUGGCUCCGCCCUAAGUUAUUUUUUUCACUAAUGCUGUAGCCAGAGGUUCCCAAACUUUUUUAAAUUCUCGGCAUCCUUGCUUAAUCCUGGUUUUUCUCUAGGAGCAUUAUAUCAAUUUCUAACAAGGUCACAGAAAUAUAGAUAAUAGUUUAUUAUUACAUGGUUAGGUAAAGGUCUAUAAAAUAUGUAUUCAAGAUCACACAAUAAAAGGUAAUGAAAUAGUCAUUUUAUUGUAAUUAGUAGGGGGGUCUAGUCUGUUCAACCCACAUCUUCUAAAAUCUUGUAAUUACACAGGACACCGCCUAACCCCUAGCCAAAUAAAUUGUAUAUUGUGUGGGGGAAGUGAGGUCCAAUCACAGUGAAUUGAAAAUAUUAAGCUAGCCACAAGUGCACACUGUCAACUUCAGACAUUUAUAGCAAUUUUUUCGCACACAAAAACCAGCCAUCCUGUGUCGUAUAUCAUGUGCCGCUGGCUGUACCAUCAGAAAAUGACUUCCCCAUUAAAAAAAUUAAAUUUUAUUGCCAGGAAACUUUUCACUGUGAGUUCCCAUAUAAGACCUACGGCUACAGCAGUGUCAUGGAGUUUGUGUCAGAUCUACCUCAUAUCAUUAAAUGUGAAAGGCCCCAUCCACAAGGAGAUUGGCAACUUUAUGCUAGGAAUGGAAGUCACCCUCAAAUUGGUAAGUAGAAAAGCAAACCUGUUUACGCUUACGAUUUUGGCAUACAAUGUACGGUUUGGAGUUUAUUUUUUUGCUAUUAACUGGUUAACUGCCAUGAGUGGCUCGGCGUUUCUUUCGUUAUGGCCACGAGUCGCUGGUAGCGCCAAUGUUAGUAUCGUAAUAAAUCGAGUCAAAUAUUAAUAUUAUUGUUCCUGUUUCGCUUCGAGAUUUUAAUUUACCAACCGGAUUUUUAUAUUUGAAACUCAUGCUAUCGGCAGAAUGUUUUGAAAAACAAAAUGUUAAUCAGUUUUUAUUUAAUUUCCUCGCUAGUUACAAAAUUGUACAUGUUUACCGAGGCAACAAGUGACAGGGUUACUAAAGGCAUAUAAGUGAUUGGAAGUGUAAAUAUUUUUCAAUUUCUGUGUUCUUUGGUGCAUUUUUCUUAUUAUUGGAUAUACUAUUUGGAAACCACGAAAUAAAUGAAUAGGAAAUUAAAAAUGUAUACAUAAGUUGGGACAUCAAUAUAUUUUUUAUUGUUUUUCUAUUGAAAAUAAUAAUUUAAAAAUUAGUAAUUUCCUAAUAAAACUUAACUUUAAAAAUGUUUAAAGUUUAUAUAUAUAUAUAAGAAUGAGAUAUACUGACAUAACGCUAAAAACCCAAAUAUAUAUUUUGAUACGGAUUCUCAAAAACAAUCAUAGUUAUUUUCUAUUAUAUUACGGAAAUCGAAUAAAUAUACAUGCGCAAAAAAAUAUACUUCCAUUUUUAUUUUAGCAAAAAUUUGAGUGUUAUUAUAAUAAAUUACAAAUAUAUUUAAAGUAACAACUAAUGAAUUAUUGUAAGCAUUUUAUCGGAAUGUAAAUGUUAUGAGAAAAAAUAUUCAUCAAAAUAUUUUGAUCUAAAAAUUGCAUCUUAAUCACACUUAUCGGGAAAACCCAAACAUCUGUUAUUCUUAGUGCGUAUUUUAGUGCUUUGCUAAUAUUACUAAAUGAAAAUACAAUUUAUUUGAUUUAAAUAAUUGCACAAAUUAGACACUGGGUGAUUGCCUUUUUUAACCACAGCUCUAAGUUGUUGUUUUUUAAUUUUAUAACCUUGUGUGACUAAACUGAAAAUGUAUUUUCCAUUUCUUAAAAUUAAUACAUAUAAUAAAUUGCUUUUUAAAUUUCUAAAAUUUUCUAAAAUUAAAUACAACUUUAGCUUUGUAUUUUAAAAAUUUUAUAAGUUUUUACUUUUAUUCUUUCAAAAAAUAUACUUUUAUGAAAUUUAUAUAGUAGUGAAAAACUUAUCCUUUAAAUAUACUUUUAAUACGCAAAUGCUGUUUAAUGCAAUCAGUGCAGCGAAACUACAUUGCACUUAUCACUCAUCCAAAUAUGAACAAAGCAUGUGAAAUGCAAAAAAAAAUUGUUUUAGCGUAGGGAAAGGGGUUAAAAUCCCGUUGAUGAUUUUAUUAAUUUCUUUAAAACUCUUGGGGGGGGGGGCAAUUCGAUAGUUUCAUUUGCCCAAGGCAGCACAAGAUACGCCUCAGAAUGAAUUUGACAAAUAAUUAACCUUCUUAUGUACAUAUUUAUGGGUUAGGAAAUAGGGUGUGUACAAUUUUACGUGGAUGACAAUUUCUUUAAAUCCAAUGAUGUUACAUUUGGGUAAAAUAGUAAUGCUAUAUUCUCAUUUCACUAAUUAAGAAAAUCAAUGACGUUAAGGGAGGAAGGGAUGGAUGGAUGGUAGACGGAAUGCUUCCUUGAAUAGUUGCGCAAAUGGUAUCUUUUAUUCGGUAAACUAUGUUUACACAUAUAUAAAAUUAAUGUAUGUAUAUAUAUCCCGCUUGCGCUCCUAUAUCAUUUAUCCAAUUGCGAUAAAACUUUUAUGACUUGUGCAAAUGCCAAUACAUUUUUUUGAAUUAUUACACACAUUUUACAAUAUUCUUUUUUGGGCCCAAGGCCCUAAAUUCUUUUUUUUUUCCUGUCAUACUGUCAUGAGCUAAAUAUAAUUUCCGAAUGUUUUCCUAUACCAUUCAUCCGAUUGCGAUAAGAUUGGGCUAUCCGAGCUAUACACCUAUAAUUUCAAACAGCGCUAUUGCAUGGGCGGAUGGAAUUGAAUAAAAUACAAGCAACAUUUCAGUUUGUGUGACAUAAUAAUUAAUUAAAAUAAUUCUAAAUUAGUACAACCCUUUUACAAUAUGGUGUUUGGGGCCCGGGGCUUAAUUUUUAAAAAAAAAAAAUUUGUGAGCUAUAUAAAUUAUAUAAUUUCCAACAGAGCUGCUGCAUGGGUUGAUCAAUGGCUAAUUUUGAAAAUCCAUGCUUCUCACGUGGAUAGCUGUAUAUGGCCUUUUCAGGCGUAGAAAAACCUUCUAAUUUAUUUGUGUACGCACAAGAUGGAAAAAAACAAAAAAAUUAUUUUCUAUUUAAAAAUUACUUCAAAAACGUAAUUAAAACACAAAAACUUUUUUGAGUGGCAUUGCAAUGCAUGCUGGGUUCUCGCUAGUUAUAGAUAAUUCAAUUACCUACAAAAUGGUUUAUUAAUCAUUAGAAUAUGUUUAUAAUUAAGAAAACUGCAGCUGAGAUUGUACAUACACUUAAAAUUAUAAAAUGUGACCUAGAUUUAAUCUGGUAUUUAAUCAGUUAAGCUAAUGUAUUGAAUGCUUUUGUGAUGAGAUUGGAUGAUUUUAGUAUUUUUAGGGUAAACAGGUCUGGAAAAGGCUUUUAAAUGCUGAAAUGAGUUUCAAUUGUUUAGAAAUUGACUUAUGCGUGUAAAAUAAAAAAUGUUGUGUCUCUUCAACUUUGGAAAAGUAUACUUGACUUUUGCCAGGAAGAGAAGUUUUGUACAAUUGAAAAUUUAAAAAUUUAUUUCACAAACACUCUACCUUCAGAAGAGAAAGCAUCAAAAUGUCAGCGUAAUCAAGAAAUCUCCAUGGGCAAAUCCUCUCAUGUUAAAGAAAACUCGUAUGUUCAAGAAACCUCGUAUGUUCAAGAAAGCUUGUGUAGCAAGCCCCAUCAUGUUGAUGUUGAGAAGAAUAUGAAGGAAGCUAUUGCUCAAGUCCUUUGUAUGCAUCCAGAUGGCAUUCCUUUAAAUAAAUUCCAGGAAACCUUUGAGG